AUGAGUGUGAUGGGCUAUUUCGGUUGCUGACAGUGAACAGGAACAAGAAGCCAAAUCUUCACAACACAACUUCAUACGACCUGACUAUGACCUGACGACUUCAUACGUCUCUGGAACUUUCUAUCUUUUUUGCUUUAGAAUAAAAUAAAACAUGCGUGCAGUACUAACACUUUUUACAGGCAAAGAGUUAAAUGAAAAUAAGGAUAUAAGAAAUAGUGUCGACCUCCUUGGAAAUUGUUUUUUAUCUUUUGAGGGUCAACAAAGAAAAACACCGGGGGUUUUCAACUCAUUGAUCCCUAUUCAAUUGGCUGGCGUCGUGCUGAGGGCGGAAUCUUUGCUAGAUUGAUUCUAUUCAAUUUAUUUUGCAAGUACUCCUGCAACUUACUUAACAAAAGUUUUUAUCGAUAUAUUUUAUGCGGGAAACCGAUCUCAAAGAACUGCAGCUACAGCGGCGUUAGAACAGCCGUCAAAUCGCAGGAGUAGCUGCCGCAAACAAUCCACCAUGUUAAAGGUUUUGUUGUGCUUACAACUUGUGGUCAUUGGCUGGACAGAAGGGGUGAAACUUUCGAUUCCAAUCCUGCACAUGAAGCUUGUUGACUUUCCAACAAACAACAACUGGGAAACAGCUAAUCCACAAUCCAUUGAUCUUGCCCAAAAGUUCUGUGCAAUUCAUCUUGUGCAGCUUGAUUCAAACUGGAAUGUUUCUCAAGUUUAUGGAACUGCGGUUAAUAGGAUUAGUUCAUUUGUGUACAACGACUACAUCAAUGUUCAGAGUCCGAGACCUGCCUCAAAUUUAUCCACAAUUAACUUCCACUGGAGUUACAGCGUUCCCGAGGAAGACAUUCAAGGCACAGAGCUCAACGACGGACCAAAGCUACAGUUCUAUGAGUUUGGUAGGAUACAAGAAUUGAUGCUAAGAAACAUUAGUAAGCAGAUGGAGAUAGACCUGAAUGCAGUAGCACGUCGCCUUGGCGUCACUGUAAGAGAUCUUAGCUAUUCCUACGAUCCGGCACGCUGGGAGCAGGUGAACCAUGUCAUGGUGAGCGAGGGUAUAAAGGUACACGCUGUGAAACUGGACUUGAGUGGUGUUGACCCUCUUGCACAGCUCGUGCGACUCACAUCUUUACAGCUCCAAAAUGCCACCUUAUCCGUUUUUCUUGAACUCGUUCCCCCUUUGUUCCCCAAAAAAUAUAUUCUGGACUCAAACACAACCACGGAAAUGCUGAACAGUUUAAGAAUCUCCUCUGAUUCGAGCAUUGUUACCAUUGGACGUCUUGUAAAUUAUACCACAGGGCUCACAAGUAAAGACUUCGGCAUAAUUUACAACCUGACACAAAAUCAGUACAUUGCAAUGGAAAAAGCCACUCUACUGCAGAUAUCGGAGGCUUGUGGGAUGUCCAACACCCAGCUAAUGAGUAUGACCCUUCCCGACAUAUCUCGUAGUGUCUUUGGGUCCACGGUUGUACCUGCUCCGUGUUUAAUUCUUGUCCGAGAGAAAGGUGUCGCUAUCAGUGCUUUGGGCGUUUCUAGUCCUGGAGCGAAGACGGCACUGCAACUUCUUCUUGCAGCCACGGGACAAAAAUGGCGACAGGCCCGUUUGACAGAGAGUUUGGAACUUGCUGACUGGGAUAUUUUAGACAGUGUCACAGUAGACGAGUUCUCUAAGAUCGCUAAUAUGACAAAUCUGCUGAGUGGGUCUGUAAGUGACCUCAUAGCAAAAAUGAAGACGAACGGACUAAGCACACAGAUACCGGCACAUAAAACCAUCACAAAACAAUUUUUAGAAAAUGUGUUUAAUAUUUCCUCAGUUGAGGUGUCUUCGAUAACAGGCGUUUCGUCUGCUGAUCUCCAGUCAAGCGCUUCACCAAAGCUAGUAGAAACCUUUUUGAACGCAACAACUGCAUUUUUUAACAUCACAAUCGAUGAUAUCCGUAAAUCACUAAACGUCACAUUCGAGGAACUAAUGCACACACCGACGGUAGAACUUCAAGAUGUCACCCCGUAUGUCAUCACCCACGCGGUGCGAGAGCAAGCAACGUUGCUUAACGUGUCAGAGGUUGUUGCGAACAACCUAAUGCAUGUGUUCCCUGAUAAUGGUACCAUCGCACAACUUAAGGCAGGGGUUGACAUCGUAAAGAGCAUCAUAGCCAUGAGAAGCGCAUACGAACAGCGUUUUAUACAAACAUAUCUUGAUCAAAGCUCAGUGUCGGAUUCUGGCUUUGAUAACAUGACAAUUCUUGGAGCUGCUCUUAGUACAAGCGGUUUUCUUAAAGACCAAGUAAGAUUUCUAUACGGGCUCAACCCUGAGCAGAUGUUCAUUCUAGAAGCCCUGAAGAUCAGAGACCUUCAGGUAUAUUGUGGCCUUGGUGACUCUCUACUAAAGUCCAUGACUCCUUUUGAUUUGACGGCAGCAUUAGUAGGGCUUGCUGCCUACGCUCCAUCUUGCAAGGCCACAGGGUUUUAUAUCGCAGCAAAGACACAGACAUUAAGCAAGGCGCGGAGUGUAUGUACAUCUCUAAAUAACAUGGACAUGUCCUUAAUGCGACUCACAGAGAACUGCACAGGUCUUACUUGGCGCUACAGUGCAGAUAUAAUGCGUCUUCGCUUGCAGGACUGGACAGCCACUGACAAAAUGACCUUAACAACACUUCCUAGUCAUACUGAUCUGACACUCCUUUUGGUACCAGAGAAGACUUUCCAGUACUUGCUGGAGAAGGCCGUUUCUGCUCGUCCUGACUCUUCUGUGAUGACCGCGUAUCGGGAACCUGUUGUACAACAACUUUUAGAUGUGUUUAGCACAAGUACUGCAGAAAUGUCACAAGUUCUCGGGGUAUCUGAAGAAAGCAUAGGCUCACUGUCGCUGACUGGUGUUGUAGAACAAGUGAUUAACCUUGUAAGGUCAAAGUACAAGGUCGACCUGAUUCCUACAGCGCAGUCUUUGAUCGUUUCUGUUGAUAACCUGAAGUUUCUUGCUCCGACUGAAUGGAGAGAGGUCAUCCCAGGCUUGAAGCAAGAGAUUCUGCUAAGUGGAAGCAAUAUGCUGAAUGUCACAGAAAGUGAUUUCGGUAACCUUUUGUUAUUUGCAAACAUCACAGAGUUGUCCCUGGAGCAGAUAAAGACAAAGUGGGACACUGACUUUAAAAGAAUCUUGAAUGGGAAAAACCUUGCGGAAAAUAAGACGAUCUCUGAAAUAGCAAGAGAAAUGGGAAUUUCUAAUGAAACUCUGAACUCGAAAACUAUCAUUCAAUUCUUUAACGAAUAUUUAUCACUCACUAAAAAAGAAAUGGCAACACUGUACAAAGCAAACAUAUUAGCAGUAGAUUUGCUAGCCGUCUUCAAAUUCCAGGAAAUUCCAGUAAUGUGUAGCUUAUCGGAAUCUGUUGUGAACAGCAAGCAGCCACUCACUCUUUUGUUAUUUCUUACUGGAAAUGGGGACAUCACAUCGUGCCGCAAUCUCGCUCUAAUAUCGGCAAUGAGAGACGGUCCAAUCGACAGUAUGAUGUCGAAAUUCAGCCUUACCUUGAAUCAAACUGCCUCCUUAUUGGAUUUCCUGGAGAGGUCCACUCGGCUACCGUGGAGCAAUAUUUCCUUGGGACUAAACGUGUCUGUGACUGACUGGCCUCUCUUUGGUGCACUUUCAAUUAAAACAUUGUCAAACAUAACGUCGAUGUCUGUGUCGUCCAUUACUUCAUCAUAUUCCUUUAUGGAUCUAGGUGAUAUAGCCCGGCGGCAAAUAACUUCACAGCAGAAGAGCUCAUACCAUGGAGAUCUAGUUCGUCUUGCUUCGUCUUUAUUCGCGUUGAAUGCCACUGAAGUUUGCGGGGCGUGUGAUAUUCCAAGACUGCCUACAUUAUCGAUCUUGAAGGCUUUUCUACAGAGACUUGGACAAGUUAUUUUUUUCGAUCCAAACACUCUUCCAAAAGAUUUGGGAUACGCCCUAGAGGACUUCUGGGAAACCGUUCCAUCCGAGUGGCCUAAGACAAUCCCUUAUAUCAUUCCAAAAUCGUUUGCAAAUUCAUCUAGCAUGAUUAAUGUAACUGAGAAUGAUCUCGCCAAAAUAUUGGGCUUCCCAGACAAAAGUCACUUCCUGAACAUGACUUUGAGGGAUUAUACGAACUUUAUCACAACUCGCUUGGCGACUCUUGUGAAGUGUAGCGUCGAUGCAAAAUCCGUGCCCUUGUCAAGGGUUGCAGCCACGAAUGGUAUCCCUGACAACUCUCUUGCAGCAAUGAAUGUUAUAGAUCUUAUCAAUGCAACAUGCUACGGUACGUCCGCUGCAAAUGUUUCCUUCAUUUUUCGCUGGUCGCCAUCAGAUGUUUUAGUGCUGAGUAACUACUCGCUGGGGAAUGCUGCCCACUGCAAGGGGAUCGCCGUGAGCCAGGUGGCUCAGUUGACUCUUAUGGAUCUAGCGGACGUAAUGCUUAGGGAGGUCCAUGGAUGCCCUCCCCCCACUCCACCCCCCUGCCGGACGGGUACUGUCCGGCUCUCACCGUCAACAAAUUGCACAGAUGUCAAUGAAUGCUCCUCUCCAGAUAUUUGCCAGUCUGGACAGAAGUGCUUGAACUUCUUUGGCGGAUAUCAGUGCGUAUGUGAAUCCCCCGGCUUCACCGUCAUCAAUAAACUUUGUGAAACGGUGCUUAAAUACGUCAUCACAUUCACGAUGCCUGCUGAGGUGUUUGUCUCUCAGUAUAUCGACACAUCGACCCCUGAAUACUACACGAUGAAGGAGGCGAUACAGAGAGAGGUAGGUAUAUCGACACAUCGCCCCCCGAAUGCUACAUGA